AUGGAUACCAACGGAGCCACCACGAGCUCCGCCGCUGGUGGUGGUUCAACUUCAACCUCUGAUUCAUCUUUAUUAUCCAAAAAGAAUUCCAAAAAACCCCAAUAUUCUAGGUUCACACAGCAAGAGCUUCCUGCUUGCAAGCCUAUUCUUACACCGGGACUGGUCAUUACAACAUUCACCAUUAUCGGAAUCAUCUUCAUCCCUAUUGGACUUGUGUCAUUGUCUGCAUCGGAGCAUGUAGUGGAAAUCGUGGAUCGCUAUGACGAAGGAUGUGUUCCUCCUAAUUAUUCCAAUGAUAAGCUUGCAUAUAUCCAAAGCAGUCGAACUAACAAGUCUUGUACUAGGACUUUGAGUGUUCCUAAGCUGAUGAAAAGUCCUGUUUUUAUUUAUUAUGAGCUUGAUAACUUCUACCAGAACCAUCGUCGUUAUGUUAAAAGUCGAAGUGAUAAACAAUUGAGGAGCAAGGCAUAUGAGCGUGAGACAAAAAAUUGUGACCCUCAAGCUGUUUCACUAGAUGCUCCAAUUGUUCCUUGUGGCCUCAUUGCAUGGAGUUUGUUCAAUGACACAUAUGGAUUUUUCGUGAAAAGUAAGAUGUUAGAAGUCAACAAAAAGAACAUAGCAUGGGACAGUGACAAAGAGCAUAAAUUUGGAUCUGAUGUUUAUCCAAAAAAUUUCCAGACUGGAGGGUUGAUUGGAGGUGCAAAACUGAAUUCGACCACACCUUUAAGUGAACAAGAGGAUCUGAUCGUUUGGAUGCGUACAGCAGCACUGCCAACUUUCAGAAAACUCUACGGGAGGAUAGAGGAGGACCUCCAAGCCAAUGAGCAAAUAACUGUUGUAAUACAGAACCAUUACAACACCUACAGUUUUGGGGGCAAAAAGAAGUUGGUUCUUUCAACCACAAGUUGGAUAGGUGGAAAAAAUGAUUUCAUUGGCAUAGCAUAUAUUACUGUAGGGGGGCUGUGCUUGUUUUUAGCAGUAAACUUCAUACUUCUUUACGUUAUCAAGCCAAGGGCUCUUGGUGAUCCAUCCUACUUGUCUUGGAACAGAAGUCCAGCGGGCAAUCCAAAUUAG